AUGCAGUUUGCGUACAAAGUCAUGGGAAACGAGAAAUACGCCAAGGAACACACCUAUGCGAUCAUGGCAGCCGAAGGGCGCAUGGAUAGCUUCAACACGUUCAUGGUGGGCAAGUUCGGCGGUAUCCCUCCCGUGACCGAACGCCUCAAGUCGAUCAAGUAUGAUCUGGAGCCAGUUCUUGCAGGCGCCAGACCAUCAACAUCCACGAAGAUUGUCGACAUUGGCGGCGGCAGGGGCGAACUGUUGCUCCAGCUGAAGGAGGCCUACCCUCAACUGCGAAACGAGGACCUCAUCGUCGAGGAAUUCAACGAUGAUCUUGGCGACGUCUCGGGAGUUACUAUUAUCGAGUGGAACUACAAGGACGAGUCCAGCCCGCAACCAAUCAAGGGAGCUCUGAUCUACAACCUCUCCCACGUCCUGCACAACCUCCCUGAUCUCGAUGCUAUCGGGGUCCUGCAGCGCAUCGCGGAAGCCAUGGCGCCACAUUCCCGCAUUCUGGUGCACGAGGAUGUGAGGAGGACGGAGAUGGCGCCUGUCCAUGCGGCGAUGAUUCUCCUGUUUGGCGGACGGGAGAGAACAGAACCUGAGUGGCGUCUCAUGGCAAAACUUGCGGGUUUGGUGGUAACCUUUAUUGGUUUCCCAGGCUUCGCACCGGGCCUUAUCGAGUUCAGGAAGCCCUAG